UGAAUGUGGUUCGAGUCUUUGCUAAGUGGGGUUCGAAGUUACUAUAACCUAUUUGUGCAUUCUUGAAUCAGAGAGAAGCUGCUUGCCGCGCUCUCGAGUCUUUUGUUUAUUUACGCGUUUUUCUGAGUGACGUUUUCACACAGCCUUAACCACCACCAGCUGACGCGCGUGAUCCGGCAAGAGUUGUCAAAAAGUUUUAGGACGAUAUUCAAUCGAACUUACGUGUAACUUGUUUAUAUUUUGGAUUUCUGAUAAAAAUAUCGAAUGAAACGUUGCGUGAAAUGGCGACAGAGAAGGAUUUGGUAAAUGCUGUACGAGAAUCGCUGAAGACUGAUGGAAAUCUUGACCGGAUUAAAGCAGAAAUGCGUACAGAAGUGAUAAAAUUGCUCGAUUGUUCUAGCAAAGAGAACAAAUCAAAAAUUAUCAAGCCUUCUCAUGAUAUCAUUUUCCUCAAUGAACUUGUCAGAGAAUAUCUCGAUUGGAUGGGUUACAAAUAUAGUUCUACUGUAUUUGUUGCAGAAUGCGAUCUUCCUAAACACUGCUUGGAUCGUAAGCUUCUUGCACAAGGCUUAGGAGUAAAAGACAGUGAAAAGAGCAGAAACUUACCGCUGUUGUGUGGUCUCGUACAAACAUUUACUAGUUUAAAAAAUACCCAAUUAUAAAAUCUACAUGAGCGUGUAUUCAACAUUCAAUUACGAUUUUUAAAUAUUUAUUUAUUUAUUUUCUAUCAUGUUACACACAAAUCUCACACUUGGAUUUUUUAUAUAUACAAACACAAAAAUAUGCACAAACUUGGAUAUAUACAGAUUGUUAUACUUAUUAUACAAUAAAUAAUGAAAAAAAAAUUA